AUGUGGGUGGAGGCAAAAGUAUGCGUUCUUGGCCGCUCCAACGUGGGCAAGUCGGGUUGCCAGGUCUUCCCUGAUCAACGCGCUGGUCCAUGGCAAGGAGAGGGCGGCGCGUUUCCCGAGUACGGCAGUGUACUGAUGAGAUUGCCAGACCGUCGGAAGUUCCUGGCCGUACCAGGUCUCCUCCCCAGGGGCUCCGGGGAGGCGGACUACGAUUGCUACGAGGGCCAAGCCAUCGUGGUGGACCUGGCAGAAAUCGAUGGUCGAGGAGAAAGCUUCGAGGGCGCCAAAUGGCUGGAGAGUAAGUUCCGAAAUCGACAGCCCAUAGGCUGGGACUUGGAGUGGCCGCCCGAUCGGACGAAGGAUUCCAACAAUCCCAUUGCGCUGAUGCAGUUUGCUGAUCACGAAACGGUGCUGCUCAUUCGGACACACCGGACCGAGCGAUGGCUUCCAAAUGUGGUGAAGCAAGUCCUGAGCUCCGAGACCUGUGUGAAGAUCUGUGUGGGCUGGGAUGGAGCAGACAAGAAGAAGAUGAAGAGCUCCUUUGAACUUGAACCGGCAGGCCUGCUGGAUCUAGCCAACUUGGCAUCUCAAAAAGGACUCCGGGAACGAGGUCUGAAGGCGUUGGCGGAACACUUUGGGCUGAAGAUGAAGAAAGAGACGCGGGUGGCGCGCUCGGAUUGGGCCACGUUUCAGCUCUCCAAGGAGCAGAUCGCUUAUGCAGCAGAAGAUGCAUACUUUACCUAUCUCUUGAAGGACAAGCUUGAGGCAUUGAAUGAUGUCGAGGACGAGUCUGUGAACUUAGCUGUAGAAGGGCAACUUGCUCUGAGACCAGGAUGGGCGGAGGCGGGCAUCGUCCGUCGCCACGAUGGGCUGCACUGCGAGCUGUGUGGCCAAGGUCCCAUGAACACCCACGAGAAUGUCUUGUCGCACUUGAGGGGCAACAAUCACGACAAGAAGACCAAAGCUCGCCAGGGUUUCGGUCCCGAAGGGAAGCAUGUUCUGACUGAAGAAGAGGAGACCAAUGGCAUUUAUGCUGGUGAUGGCACCAACGGAGCGGAGGUUGGAGAGUUCAAAUGCAGGCUGUGUGAGGACGUCCAGCUGAGAAAUGUUCAAAGCAUCAAAGAUCACAUGAAAUCCAAGAAGCACCAGAAGGCCUUGGGUCUGGCUCCGGAUGCGGAAGUUUCUUCGCCCAGCAAGGACCCUUUCGAGCGCCUGUGGAACUUGCCGGACUACGUGGAGUUAAACGAGGAGUAUAAAGAGCUGCUGUGCACCCUCUGCUCUGCCAAGGCAGCCACAGUGUCAGCCAUGUAUCAACACCUCCAUGGUGAGAGACACCGAAAGAAGGCGUUGACACAGAAAGUGGAAGACGUGAUCUGGAUUAAAGAGCGCAAUCAGUUGGAGUACACCACCUCUGGCAGACCGGUGCGUCGCAAAGGUUCCGCCCAAGCCGCGGCUGCCACGACCAAAAUGACGAAGACAACAACGAAGGCGACGGCGACAGCUGAGAAAGCAACGAGCAAAGAGACCGCCACACCAUUGCCUGCUGGAUGGGCCAUGAGUUGGGAUGAUACAUCCAAGAGCUACUACUACUGGCCAGUGUUGGACAAGAGCAAAACUCAGUGGCAACAUCCUGCAGAGACGGUGCCUGCGACCAAAGCCCCAGCUGCAGAGACGCCCAAAAAAACCUCAGCGUCGGUGGAGCAAAGCACCGCAGGCACCGCAGGCAUGGCCCCUCCGGCCUCGACAGCAGGCACCGCAGGCACCGCAGGCAUGGCCUCUCCGGCCUCGACAGCAUCGAAUGGCAAUGUGGAUGACGAAUGGGAAGAGCAUGAAACCGAUGACGGUCACAAGUUCUACUACAACCUCAAGACCAAGACAUCCCAUUGGCUGCAGGAGCAUGCUGAACAACAGCCCGACGCGGGAAACAGCAACAACAAACCGACUGGGACCAGCAAUGGAUACGCACAGCAGGCGGAUGGCAAGGACAGCUUUCCAAAUUGCAACGGCCAUGAUGAUGGCCGAGGCGUUCCGACGAAUCGACUCCCUCCAGGCUGGCGAGAGGUGGUGGAGGAGAAAUCGGGCCGUGUCUUCUAUUGGGAUGGCGAGGGCCAAACCUCCAGCUGGACGCGUCCGGUGUACUAUCACCAGGAAUGGAAGCGACGGCUGGCAUCAGAGGGUGCGUACUGGAUUCUGCGGGGAUCGUUGGAUCACGCACCCAUGAGCUUCUGGGAGUCGGAUCCCGCCUGGAGUCGGCGACAAGAUGAGGAGGGGAACAUCUACUGGAGCAGCCAGGAGCACCAGAUCCGAUUCUUCGAAGACGAAGCUGCAAGCGCUUGCAGCAGCACUAACACCCAAGGCUUUGUUGCCUAG